ACACCCGACAGUCCUACAGCGCACUCGUACAGAGAACCCUCGCUCAACCCACCAUGCGCGGACCCACCGCCAAAAGCUGAAGCGCCAUAGAAAUCUCUCCCAACCACAACCCCAGCUCCGCAUUCCCCCAAUGACUAACCUCGCCGGCGAUCGGCGACACUAUCCCCCACCUCCUCCCUCUCCGCUAGCCACUGACCGCCACUACAUGGGCCCCUCAUCCUCCUCAACCGCCGCCUCCCUCAAAGGUUGCUGCUGCUCCCUCUUCCUCCUCCUCAUCUUCCUCACCCUUCUUGCCAUCGCCAUCGCCCUCAUCAUCAUAUUUGCCGUCCGCCCCAAGAAGCCCGAGUUCGAUCUCCAGCGAGUCGGCGUAGAGUACCUUCUGGUCGCCCCCACCGAAGGGAUUUCCCCACCUCCGGCGUAUCCGGCAGCCUACCUUUCGCUGAACACUACGCUGCUGUUCACCGCAGUGAAUCCGAACAAGGUAGGGAUAAAGUACGGCGCGGCGGAUUUGUACGUUUUGUACCGCGGCGUGCCGCUUGGGAUCGCGGUGGUGCCGGGUUUUGAGCAGCCGGAGCACAGUACGCGGCUGGUUGAAUCGAGAGUGAGCGUGAGCCGAUUCAAUGUGCUUCAAGCUGAUGCGGUGGAUCUAGUACGCGACGCCUCUGUUAAUGAUCGAGUUGAGCUGCGGGUCACCGGCGAUGUUGGAGCCAAGAUCAGGCUGCUAGGGUUUACUACACCUAGGGUUCAGGUGGGUGUCGCGGGGUCAUCUCUAUCAUGCGCGCGCAGCGGUGUCAGUGGACUGUGUCAUUGUGAUCAGUCCAAGGAGACAGUCGCUCAGUUACAAACAGUGCGGCGUCGAUGGGCUAAAUCUUUAAUUAUUUUUCAAAAUAACUUAUUUUCUUAAUUGUUUUUUUUUUUCUUAAGCUUCGUCCGUUUGGUAGCGCUGUCGCGGUAGCUUUUGGGCAACGCGAAGUGGGGGCCACGGCCUUUAAUUUUUCACUUUAUUACUUUUUUUUUUCUUUUUUUUUUUUAUUUAUGGAAUUUUAUUGCUUUAUCGGCCGACUGCAGCGGUAAGCUUACAGCGAGUGACGGCAUCGCGAUCUUGAUCGGACGGUCGAAUUCUAUCCUAUUUAUGGAAGUGUAAUGUUAGGCCUUAAAUUUUGAAUUAAAUUUAAUGUAAUUCAAAAGUUAUGUCAUGAUACUUGCCUUUCUUAAAAGUGGUGGAAGCCAGAUGAAAAGUGCCUGCAGUUGCUUAACUAUGGCGAUUUUUUUUUUUUUUUUACUUUUUUUUAGGAAUAUUUACAUGCA